AAAAAAUGAAUGACAAAAAAAAUUUAUUGAAAAUUUAAAUUUUGAUGAAAAUGUGGGCAAAAAAAACAAACAUUAAUUCAGGAAUAAUUUAUACAGGUAAAUGGAAAAAAACAAAACAAAAAUGAAAAUUUUUCGACAUGUUUAUAAAAGAGUAGAUUUUUUUCGCUGAUUUGGAACAAACAAACAAACAAAAAAAUGGCUACCACCGCCAGCUUAACAACACAAUUAUUAGCCAUUUCAGUGAUUUCAUUGCAGCGACAAAUUCUACAUAAUAAUAAUGUGAAUCGUACAGAAUUGGAUACCAAUAAUUAUGAUUACAUAAUUGUUGGAUCAGGUUCAGCUGGUGCUGUUGUUGCCAACCGAUUGGCAGCAUUUAAUCAAUCUAGUUUAAGAAUUUUAUUAUUAGAAGCCGGUGGUGCACAAAGUGUUGUUAGUGAUAUGCCUGGUUUAACACCAUGGUUGGUUGGUAGUGAAAUGGAUUGGCAAUAUUUGACCAUACCACAAACGAAUAUAGGACAAGCAUUUCGUGAUCAAAGAAUUAGACAACCAAAAGGAAAAGUUAUUGGUGGUACAUCGACAAUAAAUUGGAUGCUUUAUAAUCGUGGUAAUCGUCGUAGCUAUGAUAAUUGGUAUACAACAUAUGGUUGUGAUGGUUGGGAUUAUAAUUCAAUUUUACCAUAUUUUAUUCGUUCUGAAAAUAAUACAUCACCGAAAAUUGUACAAGAAAAUCGUGGCUAUCAUGGCACAAAUGGUCCAAUGGGUGUUUCACCUAUGGCACAUCCUGAUCCAAUGUUAUAUGUAUUUCAACAACAAAUGAAUAGUUUCGGUAUACCGACAAUCGAUAUUAAUGGUGAAAGCCAAAUGGGUACAAUGAUCUAUGAAUUAACGGUGAAUAAUGGAACACGAUGUUCAACGGGAAAUUCCUAUAUCGAUCCAAAUCCAUAUGCAAAUAAUCUACAUAUAAUGGCCAAUUCAUUUGUGACAAAAAUACUUUUCGAACAUAAUAAUCAAACCAAUAAUAUUACAGCCAUUGGAGUUGAAUUCACAAGCAAUGGAAAUAACUAUACGGUUAUGGCAAAUCAUGAAGUUAUACUUUCAGCAGGAUGUAUUGCAUCACCACAAAUACUGAUGCUUUCAGGCAUUGGUCCACGUCAACAUCUUGAAUCGAUGAACAUUACGGUGAUUGCCGAUUUACCUGUUGGUGAAAAUUUUCAAGAUCAUGUUUUCAUACAUCAUUAUUAUGGAGUAAAAAAUCAUAGUCUAUUGAAUGAAGCUGUUGGACCAACUGUUGAACAAUUAUAUGAAUAUUAUAUCAAUCAAACUGGUCCUUUGACACAAUUACCGAAUUCAAUUACAUUUUUUAGUACAAAAACUAAUGAUAAUCCUGAAUGGCCUAAUGCUGUUAUCGAUGUUAAUGCAUAUAGUGUAUUAAGAAAUCUUACUGAAACUGUUUCAUCAUAUGGAAUAAAUUUACAACAAUGGGCAGAUUUCUGGACACCAUAUUUGGGCAAACAAUAUCUUCUGGUUACAUCAGCCAUUUAUCGAACAUAUAGUCGUGGUACUAUACGUUUAGCAACAACAAAUCCAUUUGAUCAACCAUUAAUCGAUCCACGUUAUCUUAGUGAUCCACGUGAUCUACAAGCAUUAGUGGAUAUGACUAAAAUUCUAUUCUAUGUAACACAGACUGGUGAAUUUCCAAAAUAUGCAGAAAUAUUUUCACAACCAAUACCGGGUUGUCAAUUCUGUCCAGAUAGACCAUUAUAUCAAUGUGAUAGUUAUGUACGUUGUAUAAUCAGACAAGUAGCUGAUACUGCAUUACAUCCAGGUGGUGCAUGUCGUAUGGGAUCAACAAAUCGUACUGAUAUUGUUGUCGAUCCAAGAUUACGUGUAAUUGGCGUUGAUCGUUUACGUGUAAUUGAUUCAUCAAUUAUACCGGAAUUGGCAAAUGCAAAUACACAUGCAGCAUCGGUUAUGAUUGGUGAACGUGGUGUACAAUUUAUCAUUGAUGAAUUAUCAUCAUCAGCGUCAUCGAUUUGAUCAAGAAAAAAAAAUGAUUAACGAAAAAAAAAGACAACAGCGACAGUAACAAAUAUUUAACAUUAAUUUUUUUUUCUAUAAUUAUAAAAAAAAUUGAUGGUCAUAUUUAUGAAGUGAAAAGAGAGAGAAAAUUUUUUCCAUUGAAUUAAAUACUUAUAGCACGUGUUUAUAAAUGGCAAAAAAUUAAUUGAUAUUUUUAAGAUAUUAAUAAGCAACAACAACGGAAAAAAAGGAAAUAAAUCGAUAAACAUGAAUUUUUGUGGCUGGGCAGGGCUGUGCUGAUGAGCUUGAGUAUGGGGAUAUAUCGAUCAGGCAAAAAAAAAAAAAAA